GUAUCUUUAAUGACUACAAUGCUAAUGAUUGGAUUGAGAGCUACCGUGAGGAAUGCACGUGUUAUAGCUCGACCUAACAUUAUUGGAAAACUCCUGCUUAAUGUUCAGCCUUUAGCGAUAAGAGCAAGUGUUCGUGGAUUUCAUUCGACAAGAUUUUACCUUCAACAACAGCUGCAACAACCACAACAAGGUGAGACUGGAGCUCAAGCUAAGUUACAAGCGGAAAGAGAAAGAAUUGAUAAAUUACAAGCUGAAAGAGAUGCUCGUCAGCAAUUUAAGAACCGAUCUGCUUCAUAUUAUGCUGCCUCAGUUGCAGUAGUUUUUCUUGCUCUUGCAUUUGCUGCCGUGCCAUUAUAUCGUGCUAUCUGUCAACGUACUGGGUUUGCCGGUGUUCCUAUCACCGAUCCAACCAUGUUCACCACUGAUAAGUUGAUUCCCGUGGACACCAACAAGAGAAUUCGUGUUCAAUUCACAUGUCAAUCCUCUGGUGUUUUACCUUGGAAAUUCACUCCUUUACAACGUGAAGUUUACGUUGUUCCAGGUGAAACUGCAUUAGCAUUCUAUCGUGCCAAGAACGUGUCCAAGGAAGAUAUUAUUGGAAUGGCUGUUUAUUCAAUCACCCCAGAUAUUGCUGCACCUUAUUUCAACAAAAUUCAAUGCUUUUGUUUUGAAGAACAAAGAUUGAGCGCUGGUGAAGAAGUCGAUAUGCCUGUGUUUUUCUUUAUUGAUCCUGAUUUUGCCAAGGAUCCAUCUAUGAGACAUGUGGAUGAUAUCGUGUUACAUUAUUCGUUCUUCAAGGCUAGUUAUACUGCUGAUGAAUUGGCUGCCACUGCUAUCCCUGUUCAAGGUGAAAUUACUGCCACUAUAGGUUAGAAAUAGAUAUUCAUAACUCUUGUAGAUAGACAUUUUUAAAAUUUUAUAUGAAUAUGAUAAGUUUUACUGAAA